AUGGCUGCUCCCCCCGCUCCCAGUCGCACCAGGCCAUCGGCCCUCAUCAUGCCGUCUGACGACGACGACAGAACUCACAAUCGGCGUCUGUCAACCUCGAGCUCUGGAAGCUUUGCGUCAGCCCCAAACAGUCCAACCGCAGCACUCUCAGCCCUUGAUUCCUCCGCCCCACUUAUUCUCGUCCACGAACCGGACGAGGACGAUACUCCAUUUGAUUUCUCCGACGACGAAGACCAGGGGGAUGAGCUUGUUAGUCCAAUCUUCGAAAUACGAAAGGCGUCAAUUCCACCGCUCCCGCCAUCAAUUGUCUUCCUCUACCUCCUCACUCCCUAUCUCAAACUCGGAGCCUUGAGUAUUAUCAACGCUCAGUUGCCUCUUAAGUAUGGCCUUUCCUCUUUGUUGGUUUUUGCGGCAUUAUCUGCGCUUGCGAGACAACUAUGGUACAUGCUGGCUCGCUAUCUACGAAAAGCGGACCUGACGGACAUCGUACUUGAUGCAUUCGCCAAAGGCAGAGGGAAGGAUCGACGGAGGGAGAUAUUGCGAUAUGUUGUCCGGGCGGGCACUGGACUGCUAAGCGUUCUGACGGCUUCAAUGUACUUGCGUCAAUCUAUCGACAUCUUACUCCCUUUCAUAUCAACGAAAUUGGGUCCUCAUAUAACUCGACUUAUCCUCACUAUCCCGUUCGCCUUGGUUGUCUCUUACCUUUCGUCCGCCGAGACGCUAGCGUCGAAGAAGGUUGUGUACGCAAACUGGCUCUCUAUAGGGACGUAUCUAUCGUGGUUAUGUUGCAUUUCUAUUGCACGCAGUCAAGGGUUGCUGGGGACUGGUGCGUCCUGGAUUGCAGGCGGGAAGUUCUGGCAAGUUACCUCUACAAUUUCCUUUGCCUUCUGCGCGUCCUCUACCCUUCCCCUCUAUGCUUCAUUGAAAAGCGUUCCAUAUCAAAUUACCACAGCAAAGACACCAAGGUCCCGGUCAUUUCGAGUGCUCUCCCUCUUCGCCGUGGUCACGGCUGUGCUGUUGCUCCUUCCGCCCGUACUAUUUGCUGCCUUCCCUAGCACACCUGCAACGAUGUCCCCAUUACUCCCACAGGUAAUUCCAACCCCGCAUACUCUACAAAUUAUCAGUGCCUCUCUAAGCUCCGCUACUCUCAUUCUUGGGAUCCCUGCCCUGAUUGUAACUACUCCCGCGCUUCCUCUACCAGAGAGAAUAGCACGUACAGCUAUUUUCAACAUCUCACGCACCCUUAUCCUCACCAUCGUCGUCCUUCUCGCCCUCUCUCCGCCCGACGCAUCAACUCUCCUCAAUAUAGUUCUUGUCGUUAUGACUCUCACGAGCACGUACUUCCUCCCCGCCUUCUUUCACAUCUCGAUCCACAUAUUUAAACGCCCACUCGCCAUCGUCGUACCACGUACACCACUCUUACAGACCCCAUCCCAUUCACAAACCUCGUUGCCCCCUAUGCCUAAUGCAAGUCCUCGCGCAGUCCAUGACGACCUUCUCCUGCGCAAGGAAAGGGCAUUGCAGAAACGCCAAUUCCGGAAACGGAUUGUAUGGGACGUGGGCGCAUGGGUUCUUCUAGGGGCUAGUGUUACUUGGGUCGCUGGGGCUGUCUGUGAUGUACUGGGGAUGUGGUAG